CUGAACUUUGGAAAUGUUUUAUUUCUUCAAUAUUUCCUAAUUCUCACAUCAAAGCUAUCAACUCUGAAUCUACGACUACUUUUUUUUUCCACGAUUCCUCCUCAAGCGCCUUUCGGAUUUAGAGAUUGGCACCCAAUUAUCACCCGCGAAUAAUCAUUCUGAUCCAGCCAUCUCUACGUCAUCAUGGAUAUGUCACAGCAAAUAUCUUCUCCGAAUCAUGAAAUUGCAGUUUAUCUAGCCGCCAUCUGGGAUGGACUGAGAGACCAGAUAACCCCCUUCCUCAGCGUCCUUUACAUCGAUGACACUAUCUACCGAAUGCUGGACAGCCAUGGGAGGCGCUAUAUUGCCAGGAAAUUCAUGGAGCAUACGAGAGAAGCCGUAAUGUAUUGUCGUGAUGGUAACAGAGGAGAUCGUCAUUAUCUCGGCCCACCGCGUUAUUUUAUUGCCAAUGGCGGAGUGAUACAUUCUCCUGAUGGCCUUGAGCCAAUCUGGGCGAUGAAUGAUAGCUUGAAUACUCGCCUUGAAAGCGUCGCAGCUUGCCAACCUACGGUGCCACUUAAGCCAACCAAGAUUCCACGCCCUCCCAAUGCAUACAUUUUGUACCGCAAGGAUCGUCACAAUCUGGUUAAAGCUGCCAACCCGGGUAUUACCAACAACGAGAUAUCUCAAAUCUUAGGACGAGCUUGGAAUCAAGAAUCGAGAGACGUACGGCAAAAAUAUAAGCAGAUGUCAGAAGAAAUCAAAAUCGCGCUACUGGAAAAGCAUCCAGAUUAUCAGUACAAGCCUCGAAAAUCGUCAGAGAAACGCCGUCGCACUCGCCGCAGCCAACAAGCACAUGCUAUAUUGGUCGAUGCUAAUCUUGCUGCCCCCAACGAUGGCGCAGUUGAAGACCAUUCCGUCACCUCGGUUUAG